AGAGAUGCACUUGACAAGUACGCAAUGGAGAUGUCAGACCUCACUACCCGCCUCAUGCCGUUCAUGGCGAGCGACCUCGGGGUCGAGCAGGAGACGCUCGUGGGAAUCUUCCAGGGCAAGAGGCAGAGCGUGGCCUUCCACUACUACCCUCCGUGCCCCCACCCGGACAAGGUGAUCGGCAUCACGCCGCACCACGACGGCCUCGGACUCACGCUGCUGCUCCACGUCGACGAAACCCCCGGCCUGCAGGUGAGGAGAAACGGCACAUGGUACCCGGUGAACCCGCUGCCAGGCGCCUUGGUUAUCAACGUUGGCGACAUCCUCCAGAUCCUCACCAAUGGCAUGUACAAGAGCGCCGUGCACAGGGUGGUGGCGGACACCAAGAAAGGCCGGGCCACCGUGGUGAUGUUUCAGCAUGCUUGUGUUGCCGGGCUGGUGAAGCCGCUCCCGGAGCUAGGCGAGGCAGCGUACAAGGCGAUCGAGAAGGUUGAGUACAUCAAGGGAAACUUCAGGGCGCUUGCCGAAGGGACAUGGUUCGUGGAUAGUCUCAAGAUCAAUCAAAAAACAUAA